CCGUUUGUUUCAGGAAGUCAGGACAUGGCCAGUUUAAAUGUCGGAUGCUUAACAGGAGAUUUAAACGCGUUUGAGCGGGUUUUUAUGAGGCAGGAGGGAGUCAGUUUACAACUCUGCCCUCUGACAUGCGUUUCCUUAUUAUUAUCUCCGCUGUCUUUUGCUAUGGUUUCGUAGACUCGAAGAAAAUAAGAGGGAUAUCUUCGUCCUACAAGCGGUUUUACAGAGAGAGAAAGUCCUUUCUGUGUAUUGAUGGCUCGAAAAUCAUCCCCUUUGAGCAGGUGAACGAUGACUACUGCGACUGUGAAGAUGGCUCUGAUGAACCAGGAACAUCAGCCUGUCCUCGUGGUCGAUUCUACUGCACCAAUCUGGGUUUCCGCCCACACUACAUCCCAUCAUCGCGAGUCAAUGAUGGCAUCUGUGAUUGCUGCGACGCUUCCGAUGAAUACAACAGCCACGCUCACUGCCAGAACACUUGCUGGAAUCUGGGACAGAGAGAGAGAGCAUACGUGGAGGGCCAGAUGAGGACCUUGGAUGAGGGUUUGCGGCUCAAGCAGCAGCUGAUUGAGGAGGGAGUGCUGCUCUGGAGGGAGAAGCAGGCCCAGCUCCGAGAGCUUCAGCAGGUAGCUGAGGACCUACAGAUCAAACUAGAGGAGCACAGACGGAGGAAACAUGAGGCGGACCGACUCAAAGAGCAAACAUUAAAGGCGCUGGAAGCAGCCGACAGUGGUCUCAGACAUCAGAAUAGCACGGUAACCAGCAUCUUUGAAUUACUGGACAGCAAUAAAGAUAGCAGCAUAACAGUGGAUGAACUCCAGGCUAAAGUGGCACUCAUCCAUGAUGAGGAGCGGGUUCUCUCUGAGGAUGAAGCUGUGGCUUUGUUGGGAGGAGGCCGUCAGAUGGAUCUCACCAAGUUUCGACACACACUCUGGGACAUCCUGACAAAAGGAGACAGUGUCAAGAUCAAAGACACACAUGGUGCACCAGGCAGUCUUGUGGGUGAAGAUCUUCACUUAGAGGCAGCUGACAGAGCUGCAAAGUGGGAGGCUACCAAUCUGAAGAAGGUAGAGGAAGCCUAUGAUACAGUCAACAUGGAAAUAAGUGAUCUGCGGAAGAAGCUGGCCAUAGACUAUGGAACAGACUGGGAGUUCCUGUUUUUGAACAGCCAGUGUUACAAGCUGAAAGUAUAUGAGUAUACUUACACCCUGUGCCCAUUCAAUCAAGUCACACAAAAGAACACAGCAGGAACAGAGGUCUCAUUAGGGAAGUGGGGGAUGUGGGCAGGAACACCAAAGAACCAGUACAGUCAGAUGGUGUAUGAGAAUGGAGAGCCCUGCUGGCAAGGAGGUUCACGCAGUGCUACAGUCACACUGACAUGUGGAACAGAGACAGCCUUGCGAUCGGUGAAGGAGCCCAGCAAAUGCCAGUACAUCAUGGACUUUCAGACUCCUGUGGCCUGUCAGCCAGUGCUAAAGCAGCGGGGCAUACACAGUGAACUGUGACCCUUUCCCUUACUGGCCUAGCCUAGAUUAACUUCCCCACCCCCCACCCCCCUCAAUAGCUAGCCCGCAGUGACAGGCUGGGGUCCUGAGGGUCCCCUCUGACAUCUGUGUUGUCAGAACAUAUAUACUUCUAAGCAAGUCUUGCUAAGGUCAGAAUCAGAUUUUUAGUAACACUGUUCCUAGACCACUUUAGUUUUCAUUGAUUGUUCUGGUGCUGCUUUAUCUCUGUUAUGUGUUAGCAUUGGAAUGCUGCAUUUACUGAAAGAUUUGGUGAACAUAAGUAUUAAUAACACUUUACAUUGUAAGGCUUUACAUUGAAGGCCCAACAUGAUUACUAUGUGAAUAAUUGAAUAAAUACAGUGUCAUACAGUAGAUCAGUUGCAGUGAAUAAUGACAUUGCCACUAAUGUAACUGCUGUGUCAAAUUGCUGUUUAUUCAUACACACAAAUGAAAGGACUGCGUCCCUGUAAUUCAUUAUAGUAGCUACUUUAUUACAGCCUUACAUAACCCUUGAAGGAUAAGUCUGAUUAUAUUUUUCUUAGUGUCAAUAAAUCCAUGAAAAGACUAAAACCAACAAUGAUUUGAUCCUCCUAACAUGUAUCGCCUAUGGAGCCAAAGCCUGAUGGAGCUUAGCAUAGAGUCACUACGCACUGUCCAAACAGUAUGUUUGAAUGAGCCUCACAGUUGCACUGGGUAACACCUUCGUUAUGAUGAACACGGGCACUUCAGUUUAUUUUUAGUUGGUCCCACAUAUGCUUGCUGUAAAUACUGACCGGCUUUUACUAAAUGUGUAUAAAUCCACUGCUGAAAAUAGUCCCCAACAAACACACAACUUAACUCCUGUUUGAAUAACAUUUGCCAAAAACUACAGUACCCAGCUCUUUUAGGAAAUUAUUUCACCUGAUUUUCAAGGUUUUGAGCUGGAACAAAUGGACUGCAUGCUAUAGACAGAGUGAGGAAGUUGCAGAGUAGUGAGAGACUGACACAUUGUUGGUUUUGGUCUUUCUGUCAAAUUUGUUGACAAUAGGAACAAUAUAAGGUAAAGUCAGCCUUGUCCUCAAAGUAUUGUUUUUACUGCUGUAUAGUUACUCAACAACGUUACAUUACUAUGUAGAUAGACAAAGAAAUAAAGUGGCAUUGCUACAAAGGUAA